AUGAAAACCCAAGUUGAGGAAAAAUGCUCAUCUUUCUUCGAAAAAUGGAUGCGUCUACUAGAAGAAUUUCUUCGAUAUUAUCUGAGGAUUUCAGUGGAGAAUUCUAAGGGAGUGGACUAUGACGUUUUGGUUAAUAAGCUGACAGACCAUCACAAGGAGUACUAUACUUAUAAAUGGGCUGCGGCACAUGACGACGUUUUGGCGUUCUUCGUGCCUGUUUGGUUAAGCCCGGUUGAGAACGCCAAUCUUUGGGUCACGGAUGGAAACCGUCAAUGGCUUUUCGGCUCAUUGAGUCAAUGA